AUGUCCUGGGCUCCUGUUCUGCUGGCGCUCCUCACCCACUGCACAGGUUGUAUCCCUCAGCCAGUGCUGAAUCAGCCACCUUCUGUGUCCUCGUCCCUCGGAACCACAAUCCAGCUGGCCUGCACCUUGAGCAGCGACCAUGAUGUCAGCAUUUAUAGCAUCUACUGGUACCAGCAGAGGCCCGGUCACGCUCCAAGAUUCUUGCUGAGAUAUUCCUCCUCUGCAGACAAGAAACUGGGCCCCAAGGUCCCCCCACGCUUCUCUGGAUCUAAAGAUGUGGCCAAGAACACAGGGUAUUUGAGCAUCUCUGAGCUGCAGCCUGAGGAUGAGGCUAUAUAUUUCUGUGCUGUGGGCAUCCAGGGCUUGGAGAACGAGAAGAUGGAAAUGGAGAGGGAGGAAGAAACGGAGCCUGCUGCUUCAGUGUCCCAGGCACCCCAGGACACGCUUACCAUGAACUAA